AUGCCCGUUCUCUGUCACCCCCGCAGCCGACGACUCUUCGAAGCCACGCCCCAGACGGAAUGCAUCAUUCCUACGACAGACGGCCAGGCAUACGACAUGUUCCCCGAGUUUCGCUGGGUCUACAACAAGCUGACCAUUGCUGAACUAGGGAGCAUUGCCUGCGGUCCUCAUAACACCUGUCCACCAAGACAUCUGUACCCCAUCUUCAGCAAACCUAUCUAUAAUUUGGGCGGUAUGGGGGCUGAUGCGCGCCGCAUCGCUACAUCGCAGGACUACUGGCGCUCUGUAACACCAGGUCACAUGUGGUCAGCAUAUCUACAGGGCGAGCACUACAGCACAGAUAUCGCCGUGGUGCAGGGCCGGCCUGUCUGGCUAAGUCACACGCGGGGGGCGCCCGGUCCGGAGCAGACCUGGGAUUACUGGGAGAUCAAUAUGCCGGGUUCUCUAUCACUGCAGUAUGCGAUCACAAAUUUUGUCGAGACGCAUCUGGCCACCUAUACAGGAAUGCUGAAUAUGGAGACCAUCGAUGAUAAGAUCAUUGAGGUCCAUCUACGCCUGUCGCCUCAAUGGCCCGAUCUAUACGGCAACAGCUUUCUUUCCUCCCUCGUCUCUCUAUACUGUACCGGCGAAUGGCUAGAUGCAUGCAGGGAUCUGCAAAUCGGAUAUAGCGUGGUUCUAUUCGACGAGGAGAAAUAUGCGCGACUGAGCACUAUUGUCACCGACGCCUGCCUGGGAGAGAUGGGACGGCGGUGUGGGGUGUGCAGUAUCACCAUGCGGUACGACGCCGAAAAGCCCAUUGAGAGUAUUAUGAGGCCAUUGGGUGGCUAUCGCAUCGCCUGGAUUAAUGGCUUUGACUUGGACAAGUGCCAGAGGGCAAGGGAGAUGCUACGAGACUACUUGCACAAACUGUAUGAGUCAGGCGACCAUUCAAUGUAUGGCCAUGGAAUGAAUGGCUAUAUAGAGGAAUAUUGA